CCUCGCAGUCUGAUAGUUACUAGCUUACAUCAUCCUUAACGAGUAGUGCCGACAAAGUACCUGGUACGCUUCAAGAAGUUUACCUACAAUCUAGACUGCUCAGUCGCCAUGCCAGCAACACCCACACAUGAUCCAGAACCAAACAGCUUCGCAUCACCUGCUACUCUGAAUUUAAAUCCUAUUCCAUUCAAGGACUACCUCCAUAUUAUAGCGUUUACUGCCACGAUUACACUCUCCGUAUCGGUCUCAGCAAGCCAGGGCUUUGCUACUGGAGGGAACUUCUUCGGCAUUGCUUUGGGUAACGCAAAUGACACCACAACGAAUGUAGCUAUCCAACAGAUAGGGGAUAGCGCCACUUGGCUUUCACGAUCCGCUGCACUAUCCGCUUUCUCACUUAUGCUCACGCUUGCCCUACAGCUACUCAUGACGAGUCCCUCUGUCGUGCAAAAAUUGUUGCAGAAUGAUGUAUUGAUAGUGUUAGUCUUUGGGUUUGCAAGCUGGUUGGCUUUUCUUUUACAAGGUGCCUCGUUGGCAACCAUGGGACAGGCAUUGAAAGGCAUCAACCAUGCCAGCGGUACUAUGAUCCAGUGGUGCUUGCUCGCAACUGGUCUUCCCGCUUUGCUCCUCUGGGUCUUAACAUUAUUCAGUUCGGGAGAAGGCUUGUUCAAAAUUAUAAAUGGAAGGCGAAACGCGGUUUAAGAUUGUUACGAGAUGCUACGAGCACGUGUUUUAAGAGCUAGUAAGAUACAACGUGCUCCUCACUCAACCUAACGCGACGCUCUAUACAACCACCACCAUGUCGCGACAAAAACGCUCUAUACAGACUUCUUGUAAAGAUAGAAUAAUUCUUGCUGUAUUAUUAUAUUAAAAUAAUCAAAAAUAGUCUCUCUAUGCUCCCCA